AUGUUGUUGCAUUCUGGGAGGAGUCCAGGUCUAAAUCAGGCUAAAUUAGCGUCCCCGUCACCCCACCGUCCCCCGCCCCCCCAAUGCCCCUAUCACCCCACCGCCCACCGUCACCCUACCGCCCCUCUCACCCCACCAUCACCCCACCGCCCCAUCACCCCCUCACCGCCCCAUCAACCACCCUCACCCCACCGCCACCCUUCCGCUCCUCUCACCCCACCAUCACCCCACCGCCCCUAUCACCCCACCAUCACCCCACCGUCCCCCGCCCCCCAAUGCCCCUAUCACCCCACCGCCCACCGUCACCCUACCGCUCCUCUCACCCCACCAUCACCCCACCGCCCACCGUCAUCCUACCGCCCCUCUCACCCCACCAUCACCCCACCGCCCCAUCACCCCCUCACCGCCCCAUCACCCCCCUCACCCCACCGCCACCCUUCCGCUCCUCUCACCCCACCAUCACCCCACCGCCCUAUCACCCCACCAUCACCCCACCGUCCCCCGCCCCCCCAAUGCCCCUAUCACCCCACCGCCCACCGUCACCCUACCGCUCCUCUCACCACACCAUCACCCCACCGCCCCCAUCACCCCACCAUCACCCCACCGCCCCCAUCACCCCACCAUCACCCCACCGCCCACCGUCAUCCUACCGCCCCUCUCACCCCACCAUCACCCCACCGCCCCAUCACCCCCCUCACCGCCCCAUCACCCCCCUCACCCCACCGCCCACCGUCACCCUUCCGCUCCUCUCACCCCACCAUCACCCCACCGCCCCAUCACCCCCCUCACCGCCCCCAUCACCCCCCUCACCCCACCGCCCACCGUCACCCUUCCGCUCCUCUCACCCCACCGCCCCAUCACCCCCCUCACCCCACUGCCCACCAUCACUCCUCAACCCACCAUCACCCCACCGCCCCCCCUCACCUCACACCAUCACCCCAACCCCCACUCACCCAAACGCCCACCAUCACCCCCCACCAUCACCCCACCGCCCCCUCACCCCACCGCCCCCUCACCCCACCGCCCCCUCAACCCACCGUCAUCCUCACCCCACCGCCCACCGUCACUCCACCGCCCCCCCUCACCCCACCGUCAUCCUCACCCAACCAUUCCCCACUCACCCCACGUCAUCCUCACCCCACCGCCCCUCACCCCACCGUCAUCCUCAUCCCAACGUCAUCCUCACCCCACCGCCCCCUCACCCCACCGCCCCCCUCACCCCAUCGUCAUCCUCACCCCACCUUCAUCCUCACCCCACCGUCAUCCUCACCCCACCGUCAUCCUCACCCCACCGCCCCCCUCACCCCACCGUCAUCCUCACCCCACCGCCCCCUCACCCCACCGCCCCCUCACCCCACCGUCAUCAUCACCCCACCGUCAUCCUCACCCCACCGCCCCCCUCACCCCACCGUCAUCCUCACCCCACCGCCCCCUCACCCCACCGCCCCUCACCCCACCGUCAUCCUCAACCAACCAUUCCCCACUCACCCCACCUUCCCCACUCACCCCAGUCACAACACAGCCCUCCUCAGCCCCACUACAGUUACAUGA